AGGAAAUUCUACUCUGAUCAAUGCAAUGAUCAACUACAUAGUUGGUGUAGAAUGGAAGGACAGUUUCAGAUUCAAAUUAAUUGAUGAGGAUCAGUCAAGAUCACAAGCUGAAAGUCAAUUCAAUUCAAUUUUAUUUUAUUUAUAGUAUCAAAACAUAACAAGAGUUUUCUCAAGACACGUAACAGAUAGAGUAGGUCUAGACCACACUCUAUAAUUUACAAAGACCCAACAAUUACAGUAACCUCUAAAGUCACUUUGUACAAAAUCAAACAGAACAGUCUUGAUACUUAGAGACGGAGACUUUAAUAACGUUGACCAAGAAAAGCUCAAACAUAAAUGUGUCCAAGAUAACGACUUUUUUUGUACAAACACAUUUCUCUAGGAGUUAUUUGCAUGUGCUGUUCACCAAGAAUGGAAACAGAUAAAUGGGUUUGUGUAUGGCAAAGGAAAGGUAACCCUGUGUUGUAUAUUGACAACAAAUGAACCUUGAAACCUGCUGCUUUUUCAGCUAUUCAUUAGGUGGAUGAGGAAAGGAAGGAGGUCAGUAGUAACAGACUGAAGAAGAGAGAAAGCAAAAGAAGAUAGUAAAGGUUAUCCUUCUCCAUACUAUAACGUACAUGUGUGUGUACUGAGAGGUGGAGCAACACUGAAAGAGCAUAGCUUGUACGUCACAUUUCCCAUUUCUUCAGAUUAAAGAUAGUCUCAGAUACCGCAGUGCUGCGGUGGAGACAAGUCUCUGUGUUUCUCUCUGAAGAACAAUUCCACAGAAUACAUCAGGUUUUUAUCAACAAACAGCAGAAUCUGCGCCAACAGCUGUGAUGUCAACCUUGUUCCCAGAUCUCAGAUAUUAACUAGUCCAGACUGAGCAAUGGACUCUGGAGCCAGCAGGACGAUGGAGAUGGCGGCGCUCGGCCGGCCUUUUAGCCUCGGGAUGUUGUACGACUGCCGCGAAGACGCAAUCGUCCCUGGAAUGACACUGUGGGACCGAGAUGACCUGAUUAGUCAUAUUGGAGAAAGACAACAGAACUAUAAUGAUUUUGAGAUAGUUGCAUCUGAAUCAAUUGCAGAUAAAUCUUCAGCACUAAAUGUUGAAGCAUCACUUACAGCAAGUUUUUUAAGUGGACUGGUAGAGGUUGGAGGAUCGGCCAAAUACCUGAAUGACAGUAAGACUUCCAAAAAUCAGGUCAGAGUAACACUGAACUACAAAGCUACCACAAAGGUCAAGGAACUGUCAAUGGAUCAUCUUGGAAGAGGCAAUGUGAAGCAUCCGUAUGUCUUUGAUAAAGGAUUAGCAACACACGUAGUCACAGCUAUUCUUUAUGGGGCACAAGCCUUCUUUGUCUUUGACCGCGAUGUGUCCGAAAACGAAGAUCAUGAAGACAUUCAGGGCAACUUGAAGUUGGUGAUCAAGAAGAUUCCCAGCUUUGCCAUAGAAGGUAAAAGUUCCCUGAAAAUUGAAGACAAGCACAAAGAAAAUGUUGACAAAUUGUCCUGCAGAUUCUUUGGAGACUUUUCCCUUACGAAAUCUCCUACAUCCUUUCAGGAUGCUGUAGAAGUCUACCAAAGCCUACCAAAACUGUUGGGAGCUAACGGAGAAAAUGCAGUACCAAUGAAGGUCUGGCUGUUGCCAUUGACAACUUUAGAUUCUUCUGCUGCUAAACUCGUCCGUCGGAUAAGUGCAAGGUUAGUUAAAGAAUCAGAAAAUGUCUUAGAGAACUUCAGUGAGCUAGAAAUAAGGUACAAUGAUGCACUGAGAACCACCACUGCACAGCAGUUCCCACAGAUUAGCAAAAAGAUUAAAAAAGUUAGAGAACUGUGCUUUGAGUUCAAGCUGGACUUCCAACAAACCUUGGCAAAGAAACUUCCAUCAAUCCGAGGAGGAGGAGAAGAGGAGGAUGGGCUCGCAGAGAUCCUGAAGAAGAGACAUUCUUCUCCUUUCAACAGCAAAGACCUGAACAACUGGAUGGACUGUAAAGAGAGAGAAAUUGACACAUUGAUAUCUUUCACCAACAUGAUGAAAAACACCAAGAUUGUUCCAUCUCAAAAUUAUCUGUACAAAGAAAGUCUCAGUGCAGACCAUGCUGUGUGUUUUGUCUUCACCUCAUUGGGACGUGAUGAGCCGUACCUCUCAGCUUUAUCAAACUACUUAAAACAAACAACAGACGACUCUCUGGAUGCACAUACUCAUACAUGCCAGGAAAAAUGGUACGCCUCAAAAGAAGUAGCACAAGUGAGGAUUAAAGCAAAGCUCUUCAGUGACUUUGCAGAGGCCAACAAGGAGAACAAGAACAUUAAGUUCCUGACAGUGGGUUCAACAAAUGAGACACAGAAAGGUUCAAGCAUCUACCUUUAUAAAGAAGGCUUUCCUGUCAGUGAGAACUUUGAGCCGCCUUCAAAGCCUGAAACAGUGACAGUAAGUUAUAUAGACCUUAACAGUGUGAGGCUGAAGAUUUCUCCACCCAGAUUUGGAGCAGAGGACAUCACCUCUUACUCUGUUGAGUACUGUGUCAGUGGAGAGGAUGGAUGGAAACAGAAGACAGAAUCAAAAGCUGAAGAAGUCACAGUGAGCGAUCUGAGUCCUAACACAGAGUAUAUGUUCAGAUGCAGAGCAGUGACCUCAGUAGGCGUUGGGCCAGCCAAUAAUGUCAGUGGUUUCACUAAAACGUUACCUUGCAGCCCUCCUGGAAAACCUCGAGUUGAACCGAACUCAAGAGAGAUAUCUGUUAGCUGGGAGAAACCUGCUGAGCUUGGACAAGAUGUCCAUAAUUUGAGCUACAUCGUGGAGUACGCCAAAACAGACAACGGGAUGAAAGAGGAAGAUCUCCAAUGGAACGAAAUGAUGGCAGGAGCUGAAAAGGCAAUAAUAUCAGAGCUUCAGUCAGAGACAGAAUAUGUUGUCAGGGUCAGAUGUGAUUGUGGUAAAGCUGGCAGAAGCAAAGAAAGCAUCCCUGUUAACGUCCGUACAACAAAGUUUACGCUAACAGAAUCCUUCAAAAGUGCAAGCGAAAAGAUGAAUUCUGAUUCACCAUCAGUUUAUAAACUGACUCUGACAGAAGAGGAUAUGAACAUCAGUGGGGGUCGAAGAUUCAGUUUUGGCAAAGAAAGCACGAAGCAAAAUCGCACUAUAAUGCUUUUCGGUGUGACCGGAUCAGGAAAGUCCACUCUGAUCAAUGCAAUGAUCAACUACAUAGUUGGUGUAGAAUGGAAGGACAGUUUCAGAUUCAAAUUAAUUGACAAGGAUCAAUUGAGAUCACAAGCUAAAAGCAAGACCUCUGAAGUCAAUGUGUACAAAAUCAACCACCAGGAGGGUUUUAAAAUCAACUACUCACUGACCAUUGUUGACACUCCAGGCUUUGAAGAUACAGGAGGCAUAGAAAGAGACGAGGAGAUCAUUGCACAUCUGCGCAAUCUCUUCUCCGCUAAGCAAAGUGUUAGUGAAAUUGACGCUGUGUGUUUUGUAGCUCUGGCUACUUUAACACAACUCACACCAUCACAGAAAUGUUUGUUGGAUUCUGUGCUCUCAAUCUUUGGCAAAGAUGUGGCAGAAAACAUCCGGGUUCUGGUGACAUCUGCAGACGGCCAGCAACCACCAGUUCUAAAGGCAAUCGCUGCUUCAGAUGUCCCAUGUCCUAAAUCAAAAGACAGGCUUCCAGUUCACUUCAAAUUCAAUAAUUCUGCGUUGUUUACAGACAACAUAUCAUCUGCAGCAGACAGCAUGAGACCUUUCAGGUCACUCUGCUGACAUCCACCUCAAUCCAUUGGACAGCAACGCUGCAAAGUUACUGACUACAUUUACUGUAAUGUACUUUAGUUCAGUUUAGAGGAACUUGUACUUUACUUUUCCAUUUUAUGCUGCUUCUCAAAAUACUUUCAUUUAAAGGUAUAGUGUGUUGUUUCUGUCGCACCCAUGAGGAAAUCUGAGUAAUGCCAACAAAACUGUCGAUGCACCCACAUGAUACAAGCCUUCUGUGACCAAGCACCACAAUGCUUUUAUCCAAUAUGCACCAAAGCUAUGGAACACCCUGGCUCUGUACAUCAGACAGGCAAGUUCAGUGAAAAUCUUUAAAAAAGACCCGAAAACAUACCUGUAUAUGAGAGCUUUUUGUUAACUCAUUUUAUCUUGUAAGACUACUCUAUCGGAUUUUCUACAUUGGACUGCUGCUGUUAGAGCUGCAGCCAGUCAUAAGCAGAUGGGCUCCCCCUAUUAAGUCGGGUUCUGCUCAAGGUGUCUUCCGGGAAUAUGGAAGUUUUUCCUUGCCACUGUUGCUAUAUGGCGUGCUUGUAGGGGGUUAAGGGUUAAGGCUUGCAAUUUUCUGGUCGUUGUGUUUCUGUAUAUGAAUUCAUAUGUAUUAUGAUUUUAUUCUCUAUUAUUGUGUUAAAUGUUGAGUGUAAAGUUUAAAGCACUUUGAGCUGCAUUCUGUGUUUGAAAGGUACUAUACAAAUAAAGCUUAUUAUUAUUAUUAUUAGGGCCCGAGCAAUGAAAGUGCAAGGACCUAUUGUUUUUGUAAGGAUUCCUUCAUCACAUUUUUGAGGGGAUUAGAAUGCACGAAAACUCACAAAAAUGUGCACACGUCAGAACUGGUGAAAAUUGCAAAGUUCUGCAGUGAUUUGACUCGGGCGUUGCCAGGGGGCUCCAUAGUGCCUCCUAACGUGCACCUUAAUUUGGAAAAAAGUAAUAAGUUAAUAUACCAAAUCUGUACUUUAAGCAAGUUAUG